AUGCUAGCAAUGGUCCACCAGCAUCAGGAGGUGUCGUGCGUUCCGCCGGGGUUCAGGUUCCACCCAACGGAGGAGGAGCUGGUGGGGUACUACUUGGCCCAGAAGGUGGCCGCCCAGAAGAUCGACCUCGACAUCAUCCCGGAGGUGGAUUUCUACCGGAUAGAGCCAUGGGACCUCCAAGAGAGGUGCGGCGGCGGCAGGGGUGGAGGCGGAGGACAGCCGGAUCAGCAGGACCAGUCGUCGUCGGGGUGGUACUUCUUCACCUUCAAGGACCGCAAGUACCCCAGCGGCACGCGCACCAACCGCGCCACGGCGGCCGGGUUCUGGAAGGCCACCGGCAGGGACAAGCCGGUGAUGUCGUCGCGGAGCCGUGGCGUGAUCGGCAUGAGGAAGACGCUCGUCUUCUACAGGGGGCGGGCACCCAACGGUAGGAAAACCGACUGGAUCAUCCAUGAGUACCGCCUCCAGACAAGCGAGCACGCGCCCACACAGGAGGAAGGUUGGGUGGUGUGCCGGGCGUUCCAGAAGCCGACCCCAAACCAGAGGCCAUCCUACAUCUUCCCCGCAUACUCCGCGGCUCCAGGUCUUGGUGACUACUACGACGCGCGGUCCUUGCUGCACGACCAAGGCGGCGGCUUCGGCUUCCCCGGCCAGGGUACCCAGCACUCCUCCUAUGACCCACUGGAUAGCAAGCAGAGCAUCUUCAGCAACAUCCCGCAGCACAUCGAGAGCCCGCCGACAACCACCGCCGUUGCUGGUUGCGGCGACGCUGGCUAUGACGUCGUCCAGCAGGGACAGGCCGCAACCGGCAUCGACUGGAACUUUCUGGACAGCUUGCUGUGA